GAAUCAAAAGCAAACAAAGAAUUAAAUAACUUUUAAAACGAUGGGAGAAUUGUGUUCAAUCUUUAUACAGAUAUUUUAAUGAUAAUAGAACGAACUACGAAACUUUUAUAUUUUUUUUUUGAUAAAAAGCUUUUGAUACACGUGGAUCCUUAAGGACCGGCGGUGACUCGCUGCUCCAAUUCAUUUCCUUUUAAUUAUCGUAAUGGAGCGUCUUCUAAUUUUCCGUUCCAUCCCGCAUGAUUAAUCCCGGCCACCUACGCUCGUUUGUUUCCCAUAUUUACCCUUAAAGUCGCGAAGAAAGGCGCGCCAGCGGCGACGGCGGCGGCCGAUAGGCCGCUCGAUACGCCCUGUCCGGGGGUAGCACGGUGGCGCGGUUUUCCCUUUGCGCUCAUGUAUAUACGCGCGCGCGCGUACGCUCGACGAAUAUGUAUGUAUACGCGCGGAGCUGUGGCUCGGAGUCGACGUAGAGCGCAUUCAGAGCCCGACCAGCGCGCCGUGCACACUCCGUCGUCGAGCUCUCGCGUUCGCUGGCGAAGGUAGCGGCGCGCGAACACGACGUAAGUAACAAAGACGAUAUCCGGGAGAGUGCGCGUAUUCGAGUUUGAUCGAGGAUCCGAGAUAGACCGAGUAAGAGAGGGGAAAAACCGACGUUGGAUUCCGGAGGUGAAAUUCACGCCAUGGCCGGCGUCUGAGAUCGAUUGCCCCUCGAGUGCGAGAGAGUUUUCCCCGUUCUACCCCCGUUCUACGGUGCGUCCUCUGGUCGACGAGCUUGCAGCGUCGAGGAAACCGUCCCUGACAAACAGAAAAAAUGUCAAAAUCGGGGAGCAUCAAGGAUGGCGAGAAGGGGCCCUAUGACCCAGUCCCUACCGCCGAAAAACCUAACGAGGAGAUUAAGCUGGAAGCAAAAAUGUCACUUCUCAACGGCGUUACCGUCAUCGUCGGUUCCAUUAUCGGAUCCGGCAUUUUCGUCAGUCCGACGGGCGUCCUCAAAUAUACCGGAAGCGUGAACGCGAGUCUUCUAGUUUGGAUGACUUCCGGAAUUUAUUCCAUGAUAGGGGCUUACUGUUACGCCGAGCUCGGCUGCAUGAUCAAGAAAUCAGGUGCGGAUUACGCGUACAUCAUGGAGACCUUCGGGCCCUUCUUGGCGUUCAUCAGGCUAUGGGUCGAGUGCAUGAUAGUGCGACCUUGCAGUCAGGCUAUCGUGGCCUUAACUUUUAGCGUCUACGUUCUCAAACCGCUCUUCCCGGACUGCACGCCGCCCGAUGAGUCCGUGAGGAUACUCGCCGUCUGCUGCAUAUGUAUUCUCGCUUUCAUAAAUUGCUGGGACGUCAAAUGGGCGACGAGAGUGCAGGACAUCUUCACGUAUGCGAAACUAGUCGCGCUUUUCGUAAUAAUCUUCACCGGAGCGUAUCAGCUAUUUACCGGACACACCCAGUAUUUCACGUUCGACAACACCAACACGGAAGUCACGUCUAUAGCCCUCAGUUUUUAUUCAGGCCUGUUCGCUUACAACGGCUGGAACUACUUGAACUUCAUAAUUGAAGAACUGAAGGAUCCCAUUAGGAAUCUACCGAGGGCCAUCGCCAUUUCAUGCACUCUCGUUACGGUCGUCUACGUCUUUACGAACAUGGCCUUUUACACGACUCUCAGCCCUGUCGAAGUGCUUGGUAGCGAAGCAGUGGCGGUGACGUACGCAAACAGAUUGUUCGGCGUUAUGGCAUGGACGAUACCGGUUUUCGUGGCUUUAUCUACUUUCGGCGCGGUUAACGGCAUUUUGCUCACAUCCUCGCGACUUUUCUACGCUGGUGCCUGCGAGGGUCAGAUGCCGGAGCUACUGACGAUGAUCCAAAUUAACAGGCUGACACCUGCGCCCGCUGUAAUUUGCAUGGCCCUUCUGUCCAUGCUGUACCUGUGUUCUUCCAACAUUUUCCGUCUUAUCAAUUAUGUCGGCUUCGCUACUUGGCUCAGCAUAGGCGUCUCCGUGCUGUGUCUUCCGUGGCUCAGGUGGAGCCAGCCGAAUUUGUCGAGGCCGAUCAAGGUGAAUCUCAUCUUUCCAAUCUUUUAUAUUCUGGCCACCCUCUUCGUUACGAUUGUCCCGAUGUAUGCGAGUCCUGUUGAAACUGGAUACGGCUGUCUGAUGAUACUCUCCUCCAUACCUGUCUACCUCAUAUUCAUUGCAUGGAAGAACAAGCCGAAAUUCUUCCAAAAAGCAGUCGGCGCCGUCACCCAAAAUUUGCAGAAACUGAUGGUAGUCGUGGGGCCGCAAAAGGCAAAGGUUCAGAACACACAGUAACAAUUUUACUCUUGUCAUAUCACGCAUGCUUAGCAUUCAUUAAUUUUCUUUGCUAUUUUUCAUCUUAUCUGAUUGGAACGUUUUGCUAGGGGAUUUUCUCACCUUUCAAGAUUACUUUCGAUUCAUGCAUGCAUGCCAAUGAUAUCUUUUCACACUUUUUCUUCACAAUUUUCCUAUUAUUACAUUUUAUUGUGCAUUGUGUAUCUCAAUUAUUAUAGAUUCUUAUAACAAUUCUAUUUUAAUAACAAAUCUAACUUUCAUUGUGUUGUAUAUUACAAUAAUAUUGUAUUUUACAAACUUUUCUGAUAUAAAAAUUACUCUCAAAGAGAUUAUAUAGAAUAAAAACUUUAUAAAUCUCAAAAUACCUAUUUCAGUAUUUGUAUAUAUGAUAAAUUUUAGAAAAAGAUUUUUAACAUUUCUGAAAUAUUCCAAUAAAUGUUCGUAUAAAAAGUGUAAGAAAUUUUUUUUUUAAUUAUGAAAUUGUAAAUAACAGAAAUUCUAAAUAAUUCUACAAUUUACAUAAAAACGCUGAAAAAAAUUGUUAUUGUGGUUAAGAAUAAUCAUUAAACGUUUGCUUCAUGCUAGUUCAUAUAUCUUGCUUAUCAUUUUUUUAGUUUGAAAACCAACAUGAGACUUUUAUAAUACGUAUCACGACUUUAUUUAAAUUUCUAUAUAGCUUAAUCUCCUAAAAUUUUGAUACAUACCUUUUUUGAAUUUUAACUUUACGUUGUUUUAUCGCAAGUAAUUAAUGGAGUAAUCGCCAUCGCCUAAGUUGACUAGGGCAUCGUCGAAAUUUGAUUUCGCACGUCAUAUACACCAGCACACUACAGAUAUACACUGAAACACCCAAACGUACCAGAUUGAUUCUCCCUCAGAGAGCCGUAAUAAUUCUCUAAUAACUCAAACAUCAGCAAUUAACAGACGUGAUUGAUUGCGUUCUCUCUCUCUCUCUCUCUCUCUCUCUCUCUCUCUCUCUCUCUCUCUCUCUCUGCUAGAACCGCACUCGCAUUCAAUAAUCUCACCGCGACCACCACAUGUCUAACACCUCGCUCGGUCUUGUUGCAGUAAGCACUACGAGGCUAUUGCAGAAGAUAAUGCUGGUAGUCGGCAAAGCGAAACCCGCUCAGGUGUAAACAGUGUAAGGACGAAUCCCGGCUCGAGAUCGAAAUGACGAAGGCGAGACUUUUCCGGCGCCGGAAGUUACAGAUGAUUUUUGUCGAUCUUCAAAUUGCAGUCGAUGAUGACCGUCUCUUCCUUCUGUCGAGCAAAAUGCAAAUUGGAGCGGGAUCAGUUGGCACAUCGCUUCCAUGGAUCGACUGUAUUAUUCUCUCGACUCUUUCGGAUUGAAGAAGGAGCGUCCUGAAACAAGAAGCAGCCAUAUUGUCAGGACGGUGAAAAGGAAGAAAUUUGGGCUCGUCUUUUAGAUUCGGAUCUCGUUCUUGGCGAACUCCCGUCACGAUCUGCUUGUCUAAUUACAAAGCAAGGCUGUUGUCUCUCGUUCGAUCUCACGGCGACGAGAUAUACGCGACGGCGCGCUUUUAAAUUAAUUCAUUUCACUUAACAGUUAGCGUCGAACUUUUCAACAAAGAUAAUUUAAAUAUAAUCGAUAUAGCUAUAUUGUAUUAUAUUAGUGCUGUCAGUAUGCAAUGCCAUUAUUGCCUCUACGCAACAGAUGACGUCCGAGUAAUUGUAAAUCUUUAAUUGCUCGAAUACAAGAGAGAAUUAUUAUAAAGAAGAUUAUUACAAAAUAAACUAAAUGUUGGGUAUUUCCAAAUUAUUGAGAUUAUCUGGAUAAAUAAUUACUUGAUACGAUUGAUGCGCAUACUGAUAGCGCUAUUAUUAUGAGAAAUUUUUUUAAAUAACAGUUAUAUCAUGCUUGUAAUUCGGAUAUCGAGAUAUUAUUUAUCGCCGUCGCGGUGUGAAUAUGAUUUCCAUCAUGAUUAAGAUUGAUUUAUUUGUUCAACGGACAUUGAAAAUAAUGGUGCACGGUACAUUAUAAAAAUUUUACUAUGCAAAUUUUAAUUCUAAAUAUUUUAGUUUUAAUUUCUAACAUAUAUAUAUAAUUUAAGAAAUUUUAAUUUUAGAAUGAUCUUAAUGAAGAAUUCAUGUACGCGUGCAAACUGCAUCAACCAUGCAAACCUCCUUUCUCUAAUUAAAUUAAUUACUGAAUCCAUAAGCGAGCACAGAGGAGAGCUCGAUAAGUUAUCGCGAUUCUACUGUAUACUAUAAAUCAAAAUCGCGUCAAAGAUAUGUGUAUACUUCUAAAUAGCCUACAAGCAAUACACGUAUCGCAUUCAAAGAGAAAAGCGGUUGUGACCGCGGAUUUCAUCACAAUUACAGGCGAGUUGUUUAAUUCAUCGUUUGCAGCUUUUACAGAGAGCAAACUUGCGCAUAAAGCAAGAUUGAUCGAUUAAUGAAUUAAAAAACUCACUUCAUAUCUUUCUCCGUGCGAUGAACUAUAUAGAACUGACGAAGGAGUUGAAUUAAAAAAUCCGACCGUGUGCCAAAAAGGUUGAGAUAACGAUUAAAGUGUCAUUGUAAUUAAUUAAGUACUGUUUAAGCUGUUAGUCUUACGUAAUUAGUCGUAGCGUUCGUUCGAUAGACGAUGUUUACUGUACGUGUAUCGUUACCUGUUCCUCGUUAUUUCAACGCUGUUUAUAGUUUUGGCACUCGGACGCAUUUGUAAUUGAACUUUAACAAGAAUCGUCCGUAUACGCUAGUGAACAUUGCAUACAUUGCAACAUUACGAUGCCGCUUCUUUUCGUUUUCAUACACAUCCGCGAUCCGUUUUCGCUUUAGAUUAAAACUAGGGAUGCAAAUAUACGGAAACGAUAUCAUGUCCGUAUACACAUUCUUCUGUUUGCGACGUUAUUUUAAUAAAUCCAUAAAAAAUGUUUUAUAGAAAGAUAGCGUGACGCGUUAAUGUUUUUUAAUUACUUCGAAGGGUGCCGUAAACUCACUCUAACAGAACAAACUUUAAAAAAUUACUAAAGAAGGAAUAACGAAAAAACUGUGAUUAAAUGUAAAUGCUAACAUAUAUAUUUUUAUGGUUUCAUUGAUAACGUUAUAAUGCGAAUAUUCGCAAAAUAUAACUGUAGGGAUUUUUGUAGUACUAUUUUAAGAGAACUUUAUAAAAAGUUGAUUGAGUACCUCACGAAGAAAAUGUUAUAAAUAUUUUACGAGCGACUUCAAGCAACAUCCGUUGCAAAAUUAUCUCCAUGUCUUAUUACAAGAUAUAUAGAAUAUUUUGAUAUAUCGUUAAAAUAUCUUGCAUCCCUAAUAGAAAUCUAUAUAUGCACGAAUGUGCGAAGAUUAACCCUUCGUUAACGAAUUUUUAACGCACUACUCUUCACUGAUUUUCACUGAUAAAUGUUUAAAGAAUAUAUUGAAAUUUUUUCAAAUUUCUUAGAGUCUAAAACCCUUUAAAAAAUAAAAUAAACUUACGAGUUUAAUGCAGAGUUAAUGACUAGUUAAUCUGUCUAACAGUGAAAAACGGAUGUAACAGAUAGUUAAAGUUUUAUUAAAAUUUAAUCGAUCUUUGUUAGUUUUUAUUGCAAAUUUUUAACAUACACGAGUGUUAAUUUAACAUAAUGUGAUUGUGUUAUUUGAAUAUUUUGUUCUGUAUUAAAUUGAUAUUCAAUAUUUCUCGUAAUGUUAAAAUAACACAAUCUUAAUUAUUGUUUUCAUUCCUUGCGUUCAAAAUAAGGAAACGAGGGGUUAAAAAUUGCAUUUGUUACACGCUGACACUCAGUUGUCAACGUUGCAUAAUAUUUAUAUUUUACUGCCAUUUAAUGAUAAAAUGUGUGUAUGUAUGUGUAUGUGUUUGUGCGAUUCUGCAAUGACAAAACAGGAAUAGUAAAAAAUAGCCCUUUGAAAACGUUCCAUUUGCGUUUAAUACGUGCUAAAGAAAAAUAGUGACGUUUGCAGGCAAUUUAGAAGAUGGAAAGGUAAGCUUUACGAGUGAAAAACUGAUAACUUUUAGAAAAGUUUGUAAGUUCAUGGAUAUUUUCGAAAAAUUUUAAUAGUGAAACAAGAUAAAUGUAAAAUUUACUACAUUUAUAAUUUAACGAUUUAAUGUCAUAAUUAUUUAAUAUAAUAUAUAUUCUUUUAUUUCUUUAACAAAUUAUUAUUUUCUUGUAUCAAUAUUUUUAUCUUCAGACAUCGCAUGAACUUAUGGAAAUACUAUUAUAAUUGGCAAGAUACAUAUAUGGUUGUUAAAUUUCUAAAAUCUGCAUUUCUGACAUUAAUUAACGGAAAGAAGAAAAAAGAGAAGUUUCGCCCGCUAUUGAUUGCAAAGAAAUACGUAAUGACAAAACUAAACGGUGUGUAUGUCGUUGGAUCUUUGGGCGCGUAUGUGCCUCUCAAGAUAUUGUGAUUAUACUUAAGUCUCGAUUUUUUUUAAUACUACGAAUACGAAUAACAACGCUCGGAACAAUAGAUGAAAUUUCGGUUUCGACUUUAUUGUAGAACUGGACCUUUCCUUUUAUUCUUAAUUAUUCCGGCGAAAAGUCUUUUAUUCAAUAUAGUAGUUUUAGCGAUAUUAUUGUAUUUUGCACUCUUAGAUCUUCGUUUCUCAAAAUGGAAGGUAGUUCUCGGUCCAGGAAAUGGCACCGUAGUACAUAUCCGUAGCAGAGUUGUUCUAGGACCAAAAAACAUGUUUUUUACAGAGUAUUCGUGAAACGAAAUCUCGCCUAAUUGAAGAAUCAUCCUAACUUCUUACAAUGAGAAAAAAGUUGUUAACUUGAAUAAAUUUUUCAAUCCGCUUACAUUUCUUCAAUUUAAGUAUUUAUACAUUUAACUUAAAUAUAUAUAAUGCUUGAACUUUAAUUCAAACAUUUGUAUAUUUAAUCGAUAUACAUCACCAUACAUAAAAUGAAGAAAUCUAUUCAAGUUGAAAAAUUUAAAUUAACAACUUCUUUCAGUAUACGUAUAAUUUUAGUUAUCGUAGUGUAUAUUGAAGAGGCAGCUUGGCGAUUCCUCCUUCCUAAAAAUUAGAUAGUUAAAUUAAGAUACGUAAUUGUAACACUUUUUACUACAACAGUUUUUAGUGACGUAGCGUAAAAUAGAGCUAUUAUCGUCGCGAUCUUUCUCGGCAUGCAAGACAAUAACUUUCUUUUGUAAAAUUGAAGAUAUAAACAUGUCUUCAUAAUCGAAUGGUGGAUCGUCGACGCUGCUCUCUCUCGCCGCAAGUGAUAAUUUCACAGUUCUUCGUUUUAACUAUAUUUUUAUAAAGCAUAUUUCGAGAAUCAUAAAAACUCAUCAACAUUCAGGAUGCCUGCAGGUGCGGAAUUUUAAUAUAUUACUGUAAUUAUAAUAUAUUACUAAAUUUUAUAAUUAUUUUUUAAAUAAAUGUCCAUUUUCAAUAAACGUCUUCAAUUAUGCUAAAUAUUAGAAAUUCCGUGUCAUUUGUUAUAUAUUAAAUGUCACAUGUAUAUUUGAUAAGGCUUUGAAUUAAUGUUUACAAAUUAAUUAAAAUAAAAAUAUUUUGCGAAAAGUAUACUCUAAAUAAAACUUUAAAUUAUUAAUAUUAUUGUUCAUAAGAUAUUUUCAUAAGAUAUCAAUUUUGAUAGAAAAAUAAUAAUAAUAAUAAACAGAUACCAGCAGGCAUUCUGAUUCGUGACAAUAAGACAUCAGUGGAUUGAUCGAUGGUAAAAUUAGGUGAGAAAGAGUGCAAAAGAGAGAAAACAGCGAGGAAGAAUUUAUUAUUAAUAUGUGAGUGUAUCUUUUAUAUUAAUUUUUAUGUUGAAGCCUGUAAAAUAAGUGCGCCGAUUUUGAGAGAUUGACUUAUCGAUUAACGAAUUUAAUGUAUCAUUAUCUCGCAUUACAGAUUAACAAUCAUGCGAAUUGUAGCUUAGGAUCUGAGCACGUAAAAAAAGUGGGACGGAAAAGAAAAAAGAUAUAUAUGUAUAAAGAACAAAAUGUAACAAUAUAUUAUAUUGUGUAAUUACCUGGAUAUUAAUUAUGUAAUUCCCUCACUCAUGAAAUAAAAUCGGCCUUGUCAAAGUUGCAGA